AUGAGACUAGAUGGGUGGGGCAAGAACGGGGUAGGUAUCUUAGUAGACAAGGAUCUCAGGGAGCUGGUGGACGAUGUUAAGAGCGUGAAUGAUAGAUUGAUGACUAUUAUGCAAGUGGUUGGUGUGCUCACUUUAAGUAUGGUUAGUGUAUACGCCACCGCAAGCGGACUUGGGAAAGGAGGUCAAGAGACGGCUAGGGGCUAUGAUGAUGUGCAUGGCGAUUUUGGUUUUGGGGUUCAGAAUGAAGGUUGUACUUCGUUGUUGUAUUUUGCUAGAGCCUUUGAUUUGGAGAUAGCUAACUCAUAUUUUCAUAAGAGGGUGGACCACUUGUUCACGUUCCGGAGUUUGGUGGCUAAGACUCAGAUUGAUUACUUACUCUGCAGGAAGAGGGAUAGAGGCCUUUGCACUGAUUGCAAGGUUAUUCUGAGUGAGUGUCUUUCGGCCCAACAUAGGCUCUUGGUUAUGGACUUGGAGAUUAAGAGGGAGAAGAAGAAGAGAGCGGUGUUUGGUCAACCUAUGAUCAAGUGGGGAGCCUUGACUGAGGACAAAGCUCAGGCUCUGGGGAGAAGUUGUUGGAUAUUAGGGCUUGGAGGAGUUGUGGGGACACGAAUAGUAUGUGGACCUCGACAACGAACUGCAUUAGGGAAGAUACUAGAGCGGUGUUAG